UUGGCCAAAACUCAACUUUUCUUCAUCUUUUCCGGCUCCAUCUGUGCAUCUGCAUCCGGCAGCAUCACCAAAUCCAGCCCAGCAGCCAAUCAGGCGUCUCCUGCCGUCAUGUCCGUCUUACCUCUGCUCAGCUGGACCGUCCUGAUCCUGGUCCAGAGCUGCAGCUCGUCCUCGGAUCCGGUGUCCAAACUCCAGCCUCCGCCGCCGUCUCUGAGCGUCCAUCCUCACCACCAGCCGCUGCCGGACGCCGCCUCCGGCUCCCACUGCCCCUCCUGCGCCCUGGCCAGGAUGAGGAGAAACGAGGAGGGCACGGCGGCGGACAACGCGGCGGGGCAUGAGCGGGAGGAAGAGGAGGCGGCUCAGCAGGAUGUGGUGGAGGCGGUGAAGAGGCACAUCCUCAACAUGCUGCAUCUCCAGGCGCGGCCCAACAUCACCCGGCCAGUGCCGCGCGCCGCGCUCCUCAAUGCCCUGCGCAAGCUCCACGUGGGGCGAGUGGCGGAGGACGGCAGCGUGCAGAUCGAGGGGGAGGAGGAGGCACGAGGGCGGGGAGGCCGGGGAGGAGGAGGGGGAGGAGCAGCAGCGACGGCGGCGGCAACUCGGAUGGGAGACGGCAGCGAUGCACAGGAGACGACGGAGAUUAUCACCUUCGCCGAGGCUGGUGACUCUCAGGGCGUGGUGAACUUCGUCCUCUCUAAAGAAGGUGGCGACCUCUCUCUGGUGGAGCAGGCGAACGUCUGGCUCUUCCUCCGUCUGGCGAAGACAAACCGCAGCCGAGCCAAAGUCACCAUCCGUCUCUUCCAGCAGCGCCGGCUCCCGAGCGGACGCCAGUCUCUGCCGCAGGACGAGAUCCUCCUGGCGGAGAAAACGGUGGACACCCGUCGCAGCGGCUGGCACACCUUCUCAGUGUCGGCGGCGGUGCAGGCACUGCUGGAGAGCGCCGACGGCACGACGCUGAGCCUCAGGGUGUCCUGCCCGCUCUGUGCUGACGCCGGCGCGACGCUCGUCCUGGUCUCUGGCGGCUCAGAGAUGUCGCAGCGUGCCAACCAGCGGGAACAAUCCCACCGGCCCUUCCUCAUGGCCGUGGUGCGGCAGGGGGACGGCAGCGACUCGCGGCGGCGCAGGAAGCGAGGGCUGGAGUGCGACGGGAAAGUGCGUGUUUGCUGCAAACGGCAGUUCUACGUAAACUUCAAAGACAUCGGCUGGAACGACUGGAUAAUCGCACCGCCCGGUUACCACGCCAACUACUGCGAGGGCGAGUGCCCCUCCCACGUGGCGAGCAUCACCGGGUCCACGUUGUCCUUCCACUCCACCGUCAUCAGCCACUACCGCAUGAGGGGCUACAGCCCCUUCCAGAACCUGAGGUCGUGCUGCGUGCCCACCCGGCUACGAGCCAUGUCCAUGCUCUACUACAACGAGGAGCAGAAGAUCAUCAAGAAGGACAUCCAGGACAUGAUCGUGGAGGAGUGCGGCUGCUCGUAAACACUAACCUGAACUGGACUGGAGAGGGCCGGAGAGGAGAAGGACCUCUGAACCCAGAGAGAGAGAGGGAGAGAGGGAGGGAG